AUGAGAACUUGCAAAAUUCAUGAUCUUCUUCGCCAACUAUGCCUAAGUGAAACUCAUACUGAAAAUGUUGUGCAUGUCAUGAAUGGGAAUGUUCCCAUGUUCUUAAAAUCCAUAGAUGAUCAAUGGCGAGUGAUCCUUCUGUCUGAACUUCAAGAGAAUCAAAUUUAUCCUCCAAUGCAUAGCAAUGGUAUAACUCUCACCUGUAUUUCAUUGCAAUCUUUUUAUUACACCUUUCCAGAAGGGAUUUAUUCCAUUGUUUCAGAGUUCAAGUUGCUUAAGGUGUUGGACGUAUUAACAUUUUGGUUAGAUUUCUCUAGUGUAAUAUCUGAGCUUGUACAUUUGAGAUAUGUUGCUGCAAGAAUUGAGGAAGGUGUUUCACUAAACAAAUUGAGAAAUCUACAGACCAUAAUUUUUAAGAGUGCUGGAAAAACAGAGUUGGAGCAGCCUCUAGAUAUCUGGAGAAUGUCAGAUAUAAGGCAUUUGGAUAUUGGUUCACCACUAUAUAUAUGUAAUCCUCUUGAGGCAGAAAAUGAGAGUAUUGGAGAGCAACCUUUGUUUCUGAAUAACUUGCAAAAACUUUAUCCCUAUAACUCUCCUUUUGUUGCGGAAAUCAUAAGAAGAACUCCCAAUCUAAAAAGGUUAAAGAUUUUAAAUGAUUCUGAGCAUCCUGACUGGCCUGCAAUAGUUGAUUCUCUAAUUGUUCUAGAGAAGCUGGAGACGCUACACAUAAAUCUAAAGACCAUUGGCCCGAACAUGUUCUCUGGAGAUAUUUUGCCUAUUAAAAUCAAGAAAUUAAGUCCUAAUAUCAAGAAAUUGAGAUUAAUUGGCACUUGUAUACCAUGGGAAGUUGUGAAAUUGCUCGCUAAUUUACCCAAUCUUGAUGUGCUCAAGGGUCUGGAAAGGUGGGAAGCAGCUGGUAGUGAUAAUUUUCCGAUGCUUGAGCAACUAUUUCUGGGUUGGUUGGAUGAACUGAAGGAGAUUCCCGAGAGUAUUGGAGAUAUACUGACACUAAAUUUGAUCCAAAUAGGGCAAUGCACCUCUGCUUUAGAGAAUAGUGCUAAGAGAAUUCAAGAAGAGUAA